AUUAUCGCUACUACCCGCUGAGCUAACACCAAGCCGCGUGACUGCAUGAAUGCACGCACGGACCGGUAUUAUUAGCCCGAGCCUGGUUGUUCUUCUCACUGACAAAGUCAUGUAUGCAUACGGGCUCCGGAUAUCGGCCAGGGCGGAAAUCCGCACCCCGCUGCAAGCUACAGUUAGACCAACCACCUUCAUCCCCAACUUCAUACACCAACCCUUCCAAUGUCAUCGUUAAAGGUCGCAGUGAUUACAGGGGCAUCCUCUGGUAUCGGACGCCAUUCGGCUAUCAAGCUCUCUUCUGAGGGUUGGAGCCUGGCACUGACUGCUCGAAGGCUGGCUCAACUCGAAGAGACAAGAUCCCUCUGUGCAAAUCCCGAUGCGUGUAUUCUCGUUGCUGGUGACAUCACAGACGAAGCUUUUGUAAAAAGCUUGUUCGAGGAGACCAUGAAGAAAUUCGGUAGACUUGAUCUGUUGUUUAACAAUGCGGGCUUGUCUGACAAGGCGAGGCCCAUCGAGGAGAUGCCGCUUGAGAUGUUCACAUCGGUCGUUAAUGUCAACCUUGUUGCUUCCUUCCUUUGCGCUCGCGAAGCUUUCAAGAUUUACAAGCAACAAGAACCCACUGGAGGGAGAAUCAUCAACAAUGGCUCAUUGGCUGCCCAUGUGCCAAGGCCUCAUUCCGUUGCAUACGCGACCUCCAAACACGCCGUGCACGGUUUAACUAAGACCAUCGCAAUCGAGGGGCGAAAGUACAACAUCUCUGUGACGCAGAUUGACAUUGGAAAUGCGCACACGUCGAUGGCUGCAGGGCACACUUUAGGAGCAUUGCAGCCUGAUGGUCGGAGAGUCGUUGAACCGACUUUCGAUCCGGUACACGUUGCGGAUGCGGUUGCGCACAUUGCAAGUCUCCCUACGUCUGUCACGGUACUGGAGAUGAAUAUCAUGGCGACUGGUGCUCCUUAUGUCGGAAGAGGAUGACCAUCGAUACUUAAAGUGUCGGCGAAGACAGCAGGACGCAGGACAGUUGUCUGAGCAUAAUGACAUUGUUGCAGAUUUCACAUGUACCACGUCCCACGCCGCCUGGCAAUACAUUAAUGCAUGUAGAACAAGAA